AUGGAUAGGAAUAUAGUAAUUGUUAGUUUGGAUAAUUGGAUUAUAGAACAUAGGUUCUCUACAUUCGGAGCUUGGAUAGCUUCAAUAACAUCACCUGUGGAUUUUCCUCAUUUAAUAUAUUUAACUACUGGUGAUGGGAAGAUCUUUAUUAUGGAUUCUCUUAAUAAGUCCAAUUUAAGUACUGACAAAGUGGUUAUAAAUGAUAUAUCUGGAGACAAUUUCAUUAAAAUUAAAACUUUGACUUUAUUCAAAGAUUUAAAAUCCAAAUAUUCAUCUAAAGUCAACCAAAAACAAUUAGAAUUCUUUAUAAAUCAUCCAAAAUAUUCUGAGUAUUCUUUAUUUGGGCUAAAAGAUGGGAAUCUUGGUUUAGUAUAUGUAGAUCCAAACAAUACAGACAGACAUUCAGUCUUAAUGUUAUCUAGUAAAUUUAGUUUCAGUGGCUCUAUAAAGGAUAUAUAUUGGAAAAUAAUACCUCAAUUUGAUAUAUCUAGCAAAAAAUCAAACAAGAAUGAUGUGAAUAAUGAAUUAAGUAUCUAUACGAGUGAUACAUAUGCAAAUAUCCAGAGUGAUUCACCAGCAGCUGAUCAAUCUUACUUUUCAAGGCUAUUUAGAGAUCAAGAAUAUUUUCAUUAUAUACUCGUAUUUGGAGAUAAAGGUAACUACUUUUUAGCAAAUUUAAAUAAUAAAACAAGUCUUGAAUGCAGUUUUAUUGAUAAAAAUGGAAUUAUAAAUUCAAAUAUAGAGAUAUUUCCAAUAAAAUCAUACUCAAAGUAUGACCAUGUAAAUUCCAAUGAAAACUCAAUUUGGAUACACUCAAAUUAUCCAUUAAAACCUGUAAAUUUAUAUUCAGAAUUAUAUUUUGAUUUAAAUAGAAACCAUGGGAGUUAUAUUUGUAAAUUUGAUAUAUCAGAUAUUUCUAAGCAAGACGAAGUGAAAUUAGAUCACUGUAACAGUAAAGUUCAGCUUAUACCUAGAAAGUGUAUUACAGUUAGCUUAACUAGUACUCCUGCCUAUUGUAUAAUAACACAAUCCUGUAAAGGAUUAAAUUUAGGCAUAUUUGCAAUAGUUACAAAAGAUGGAAGUAUAUCAUUUAUUACUAGAAAUGUGGAAGGAAAUAAGGAACAUAAUACAAGUAUACGAAGAAUAGAUAAUAAUAUAAGUGAUUUUGAUAGUAUAAAUUCUUCUUAUCAAUCUCAAGGUGAUAUUCAACAUAAAUCAAGUGAAUUUUUAAUUUGUGAUUCUAUAUUAAAAUCAAAUACUUCAUGUACUUUUGACAAACUUUUUAAAAGCCCUUGUACUGGAAUCACAUCUAUUGAUAAUCUGGAGAAUAUCUAUGUUGUUACAAGUACAAUGGAUGGUUUUAUUACUAUUUUCAGUGUCUCAUUAAAUACCUUAAAUGGAAAUAAUUUGGAAAAUAUAGAUAUUCAAAUGGGAAAAUUAAAAGUUGAAAUAUUAAAAUCUUGUUCAUAUAUAUCUCAUAACUUGUAUAGUCUUACAAAUAAACAAGGCCAUAGUACUUGUAUAAAUUUUUAUAGAGACUUAACAUACACUAUUGGAAAUAUUAAAAACUCCAAUAAAAAUUUAAAAUUGUUAAUUGGUGGACAGGAGCAAUGCCUAUAUCAAGUAGAUUUUCAUAAAUGUAUAGAGAGUACUGAAAAAAAAUUAGCAAAGAAAGAUAAUAAAAAUAGAAAACUUAUUAAUGAAGAUUUACAAAAUAAUAGUGCAUAUAUUCAAAAUAUAUUAAGAGAUCUGAGUAUAGUGGAAUCAAAUUUCAAAAAAGGUACAUUUCUGGAUGAAACUUGUUCUUCAAUUGAUAAUUCAAAUAUAAAUAAUAUUAAGUCUAGCAUUGAGUUUUUCACAGAUUUGUUGAAUAACUCAAUUUCAUCCUUUAAUAGGAAAGCUUGGUUAGAUGGUUGCAAGUCUUUGAUAUAUCUUGCUUCUGCUACAAUAUACCAACAAAGUUUGAUUGAAUCAUUUUCAAGUCUAAUUUAUCUUUGGGCAGCUAAAACUGAAGUAAUGAAUGAAAUAGACAGAAAUCAAUUAUUAGACUUCUUCUUCAAUGAAUUUAUACAAAGCCAGGAACUACCAAAUAUUUCAAAUUUAUUAUCCUUAGAAAUACCUUCUAUUUCAACUGAUAAUCAAAGCUUAUUAUCCUCAAAUUGCACUUUAUGUACAAAUUUUUCAUAUAUAGAUAAUUCAACUUUAAAAUUACCAAUUUCAAUUAUGGAUAUUAUAUUAUUUGAGUAUUCUGAAAAAUUCUCAAGUGAUAUUUUGUUUCUACAUUGUUUAGGUGAAAAAAUACAAGAUAUUCACAAAGAUUUUUAUCAAAUAAGAAGAAUCCCAAAAUAUUUCAAAUUAAUGCCAAUAAAAUAUUCUCCUAGAUCUACAAUAGAGCAUACAACUCAAUUACUUAAUAUUUUGAGUGCAAAUACUUCAGUAUUAUACAAUAUAACAAAUAGAAAGUCACUAAAUAUACAUAAUAAAAAUGAAUCUUUUAAAGAUGGUAAGAAUAAAUGUCAGGAUACAUCAUCACAAGAUUUUCCUAUAUCUCCUUUAUUUUUGCAUUUAGUUAAUUCAUUGAUAUCAAAUAAAGGUUUAAGUUCUAUCAUCAUGAGCCAUAUAAUAAACAAUUUAAUUGGAAAUAUUGAAGUAAUACAAAAACAAAAUUUGGAGUAUAUUAAUAAAGGAGAUUCACUACGAAAAUGUUUUACCCUAAAUUAUCCAAAUGACAGUUUAUUAAAUAUUCAUGAAUACUGUAUCUUAUCUGUACUUAAUGGAAAUGCUAACAAGUCUAUCGAAAUGUAUUUAAGUUAUGAAUUUUAUUUGGAUGCUCUGUAUAUAUCUGGGUUAUAUUAUGGAUUGGAUCAUCCAAUAUCUGUUAAUAUUUACAAGAAAUGGUCUGAGUAUUUGAUAUCUAAACAGCUAAUAGUUCAAUCUAUCAAAUGCUUAUUCUCUAUUGGAGACUUAUGGUCAGUUUUCAUUAUAUUAUCUGAACGUAUAAAACAGAUAUUGAAUUCUACUGACUUUCUUGUAGAUACAGAUUCUAUGAAGAGUGAUAAUAGAAAUUUUAGUGCAAGAAAUAAAGAAACUAAAUAUAAAUCUUUAGAUAAUGGAGAUAUGGUACUAAGUUUAGGACAAUCAGUAAAACUUUGGAUUUAUUUUGUACUAAAUAUUGGAUAUCAAUUUUUAUCUAAUGAAGAAUAUUCCUCGAAUAAGACACUCAAUGGAUCUGAUAUAAAUAGUAUGCAGGAUAUAUCAAAUAAAAUUGCCAAAAUAACGAAAGAUUUGGUUCAGUUAUGUAUGGAUAAAUCGAAAAAUAGUAUUAAUGUUAUACAUUUUGCAUUAUAUUUAAUAUCAAGUGAGCAGAAGAAUAUUGGUAAAUUAGAAGGUAACAUCAAUUAUAAUACAGCAGAAAGAAGUAAUACAAGUAGUUUUUGCACACAGAAAACAGGUAAAUAUAUAGAAAGUACAACAAAUGGGUCAAGAAUAAAAAUAAAUACUGAAGAUUUUGUGAGAAAUAAAAGUUUUGAAGACCAAAAUAGUAAUUUCCAAUAUAUUCAAAAAACUGAAGAUAGAAAUUUUUUCUUAUCACUUAAAUCAGCUAAGUGCAUUGUAAAUAAUAAUUUAACUGGCUAUCAUACUAAUUUGAUAUUUUGGAAAUACAUAUAUAUAUUAACUUAUAACAAUAAAAGUUCUAAGCUAAAUCUUAAUGAUAAUACUAAUCUGAACGAUUUUAAUUUAGUAUGGCCCUCAAAACAUUUUAAAAUAAUUUGGGAUUAUGCAUCAAAGGAAUUAUAUUAUAAAUACCAAAUUAGUAAUAAAAAUAAAUCUAAUUAUGAACAAAUAUUUCUCCUAUAUAAAGAGUGUGAAUAUUUACCUUUUAUUGAUGGAAGUGAAUCAAAAGAAAUGAAUUUAUCAUUAUUAUUUACACGUCUAAUAUUACUUUUUAUAUGUACAAGUGAGUAUAAACAAAUAGAAACAAGUUCAAAUAUUUAUUUAUACAAUAAUAAAAUCACUAGUAAUACUAAUAAAUGUUUUUAUAAAUGCUCUAAUUGGAUAAAUCUAUUCGAAAAGGUUAUAUAUGAAUGCAUAUAUAUAAUUCUAGAGUCAUUUAUUAACUCUAUCAAUGGUAGCAGUAAAGUAGAGCAGUUAUUACCAUCAGAUCAUAUUGUAAGUCUAAUUAUUCAUUUAUUAUUAAAUGAGUCAAUAAAUACAUCUAAUUUUAUCUCAAUUUCUACUUGUUGUAAUGAUCAACUAUACAUACUAUAUGAUUUGCAGCUUUUGAUAUCACUACUAAAUUUGAGUGAAGGUAAAAUUAAUUACAAUGAUAUAUCUGAAAUUAGUAAUAUUUCAGUUUUAUGCUCAAUACUAUUAUUUCUAGAUUCAUAUUCAGAAUAUAAAGAUAUAAAUAACUUGUUAGUGGAUAAUUUAAUAUAUUUAUUAAAAGAUAAUAAUUCAUUCAAUUCUAAUAUUACACUUAAUUUUGAUCGAUUGGAUAUUCCUGAUGAGACUAAAUAUUUGCCAGUUCAUAGAUUAUUGUUAAGAUUACCCCUAAAUGUUCAAUGGGAAAUAUUGAAUUUAUCAAAAAUUGUUAAGCAUCUUGCCACUACGUGUGUAGAUUCAACCAUUAUAAAUGCAUAUGAAUUUCUAAAUAGAUCUAGUUUUUUUCAUAUAAUAAAGUCAUAUUCAAGUUAUAAAAGAAUAAAACUUUUUAGACAUCUCCUAUUAAAAGUAAACAUGGAAGGAACGAAAUUUAUAAAGGAUAAUAAGGAAAAAUAUAUCCCUAGUGAUAUUAUUGUAAAAAUUUUUGUUGAUACACCAUACUACGAAGAUAUACUCAAAUAUCUUUAUAAUGGUCAAGUUACAAUUAAAAUAGUUAUAAACUAUAUACUAAAAUAUAUGAUAGAUAAUAAAGUAGAUGAAGACCAAUUUAUUGAUUAUUUUCUGCAUUAUAUAACAGAAAAUGAUAAUACAUUAUAUAUUAAUAAAGACAGGCUAAUGACAAAAUAUCUUCUCGAAAUUAUGAGUAUUUUAUAUACUUCUGUAAAAAUGAUCUAA